AUGGGGCUUCUCCAUGUAUCGCUGCACGUACAAAGACAACAAAGCCUGGGAGCGGAUGCUCCCCAACUGAUUGAAGAUAAAAUCCAAGAGAUGUUUGAAAAUGAAAAUGCUCGAGGACCAGAAGCGGCUGAUAUGCUACCAUACCACCAGCUCAUCAUCAAAAAUGAUCCUAAGAAGUUCGACGGUGCAACCUCCCAUGAAGUCCGCGAUCACUUCAAUAUCUGGGUUGCGGAGCAGCUGCCGUUAGUAUCGUCAUCCCCUCGCUGUUUACAGCAGGAGCUUAGGGAGGAUAAGCCUUACCACCAACCGGGCCCAGAAUAUGGAUUUGGAGCACGCUAUAAUUUCGCGCUCUUUGUGGAUGAUAUUUGUUUAGAGUCGUUGGAUCAUAUGCACAGGCCUGUUGUUAAGAUCAUGUCUAAGCAGUGGCCUACCUUGACUCCUGAAGAGAGGAAUUAUGAGGUCAAUCCUGGCUGGGAGGACGGGACGACUGAGAUGGGUGAAGAGGAUGUGGGAUGA